AUGAAGGAUCAACCACAGCUAUGCAGUUCACCAAAGCUACAUUUACUUUUAAUCCUCUGGAUAUCAACUAUGCACCUCUGUUGCUAUCCAGUACUAUCACUGACCUCUUCUGGAAAAGCAGACUACUGUCUCAUCUUACUGAACACAUGUCUAGUUGAAGCAGACCGGAGUGAGGAGCUUGCAUUCCUCAAGCCAUUCUUGGAGAAAUCCUUCAUGAAGAGGUCUUUUCGAAACGGAGUAGGUGCAGGAAUUAAAAAAAAUUUCUUCAGAAGAGCAAAAACUUAG